AUGGACAACAAAGUUCUAUAUCUCAAGCAAAAUGAACCUCUUAAAGAGAAUAGUGUAUGCAUUACAAGCGAAUACAAGAAUGGGUAUAAUUGUCGUCGUGCUCCAGGGUACCAAGGUCACCCGUACCUCUCAAAUGGCUGUAAAGAUAUCAACGAGUGUGAAGGAGCGCUACAUGAUUGCACAUACGGUUGUGUUAACACGAAUGGGAGUUACAAUUGUACAUGCCCCUUAGGUAAGAGCGGUGAUGGUAGAGAUAAUGGAAGUGGUUGUUCUUAUUUACAAGCUGCUAAGUCACUUGGAAAUGCGUUAUAUAUCGUUCUAAUCAAGAUUGGAGAACUCGCUAGUCGGCCGGUGAGGUGGGGACUAGCGACUGCUCGGGAUUACUCGGAUCGGGUUUUCAUACGCAUCGUCACAGGCACUGUAACUUCAGUUAUGUUAACUCUUAUCUUAUACUGGGGACUCAAACAAAGGAGGAUCAUGAAGAGUAAGGAGAUGUUUUUCAAGAAAAAUGGCGGCUUAAUUUUGCAGAAAAUUCUCUUUGAAUCCAAACGAUCGUCCCACAUGGCCAAGAUUAUUCAUAGAGACAUUAAAUCGUCAAAUAUACUUUUAACCGAUGACUACACCGCUAAAGUUUCUGAUUUUGGGAUCUCGCGAUUCAUUCCUUUGGAUCAGACUCACGUACAAACAUUGGUGCAUGGGACUCUUGGGUACAUAGAUCCUGAAUACUUUCGAUCGGGAAUCUUGACAGAGAAGAGUGAUGUGUAUAGUUUUGGCAUGGUGCUUGUGGAGCUGCUUACAGGUAGAAAAGUCUUUUCGCAUGACGGAACUGAAAGUGACUUGGGUUUGGCAAUGUUUUUCGUUUCAUCACUGGAAAACGGUUGUUUGAUACGGAUUCUUGAUGAUCGAGUGAAGAAAGAUGGGAUCGAUGAGCAUGUUAAAUGUGUCGCAAAGCUUGCGAAAGAGUGUGUCGAGCUAGAGGGAAAGAAAAGGCCUAACAUGAAGGAAGUGAAAGAGGAACUUAACCAACUUAGACAUUGUAUGAGUAUGACAACAUAUCUUUAG